AUGAAAUCAAGGAAAGGGAAGUGGCCAACAAGGGCCUCUCUUAUCAUGUCUCUUGUUGUAGUCAUUGUUUCUCUAAGCUUCUCAUUAUCAACCACUUCACAACCUCUCAUAUAUCCCAUCCAUGACAAUUCACCACCAUCACGGUCGCCAAAGUCUUCACCACCAUCAUCCAUUCACGAGAAUGAUGUUCCAUUUCUACCUUUUUCACCUCCAUUAAUACUACCUAUUUUUCCUAUGGUCCCACCCUUAGUACUACCUAUUUUGCCAACUGCACCUCCUAAGACACAGAAACCCAAACCUCCCCCUAAGAAACCUCCUGCCAAACCUCCUCCUAAGAAAAAAGAACCAAAACCUCCUCCUAAGAAAAAGGAACCAAAACCUCCUUCCAAACCUCCUCCUAAGAAAAAGGAACCAAAACCUCCUCCUAAGAAAAAGGAACCAAAACCUCCUUCCAAACCUCCUCCUAAGAAAAAGCAACCAAAACCUCCUCCCAAACCUCCUCCUAAGAAAAAGGAACCAAAACCUCCUCCUAAACCUCCUCUUAAGAAAAAAGAACCAAAACCUCCUCCCAAAAAAAAGGAACCAAAACCUCCUCCUAAGAAAAAGGAACCAAAACCUCCACCUAAACCUCCUCCUAAGAAAAAGGAACCAAAACCUCCUCCCAAACCGCCUCCUAAGAAAAAAGAACCAAAACCUCCUCCUAAGAAAAAAGAACCCAAACCUCCUCCUAAGAAAGAAGAAUCCAAACUUCCUCCCAAACCUCCACCAAAGAAAAAGGAACCUAAGCUUCCUCCUAAGAAAAAGGAACCCAAACCUCCACCUAAGAAAAAGGAACCCAAACCUCCUCCUAAGAAAGAUAAGGAACCUAAACCUCCUCCUAAGAAAGAUAAGGAACCUAAACCUCCUCCUAAGAAAGAUAAGGAACCUAAACCUCCUAAGAAUGAGAAAGAACCUAAGCCUCCUAAGGAAAAGGUUCCUAAGCCUCCUAAAAAGGAGAAGGAACCCAAACCUCCUAAGUCACCUUCACCUCCUAAGUCAGCCCUCCCCAUUCCAAUACCCGACCCAAUACCUAAACCACCAGCUCUUCCAAUCCCUGAUCCAAUACCCGAUCUACCUAAACCACCAGCUCUUCCAAUCCCUGAUCCAAUACCUGAUCUACCUAAACCACCAGCUCUUCCAAUACCCGAUCUACCUAAACCACCGAUUCUUCCAAUACCUGAUCCACCUAAACCACCAGAUCUUCCAACACCAGAUCCACCUAAACCACCAGAUCUUCCAAUACCCGAUCUACCUAAACUUCCAAUACCCGAUCUACCAAAACCACCAGCUCUUCCAAUACCUGAUCCACCUAAACCACCAGAUCUUCCAACACCUGAUCCACCUAAACCACCAGAACUUCCAAUACCCGAUCUACCUAAACUUCCAAUACCGGAUCCACCUAAACCGCCAGAUCUUCCAACACCUGAUCCACCUAAACCGCCAGAUCUUCCAACACCUGAUCCACCUAAACCACCAGAUCUUCCAACACCCGAUCCACCUAAACCACCAGAUCUUCCAAUACCUGAUCUACCUAAACUUCCAAUACCUGAUCUACCUAAACCACCAGCUCUUCCAAUACCUGAUCCACCUAAACCACCAGAUCUUCCAACACCUGAUCCACCUAAACCGCCAGAUCUUCCAACACCCGAUCCACCUAAACCACCAGAUCUUCCAAUACCCGAUCUACCGAAACUUCCAAUACCUGAUCUACCUAAACCACCAGCUCUUCCAAUACAUGAUCCACCUAAACCGCCAGAUCUUCCAACACCCGAUCCACCUAAACCGCCAGAUCUUCCAACACCCGAUCCACCUAAACCGCCAGAUCUUCCAAUACCCGAUCUACCUAAACUUCCAAUACCCGAUCUACCUAAACCACCAGCUCUUCCAAUACCUGAUCUACCUAAACCACCAGAUCUUCCAACACCAGAUCCACCUAAACCGCCAGAUCUUCCAACACCCGAUCCACCUAAACCACCAGAUCUUCCAAUACCUGAUCUACCUAAACUUCCAAUACCCGAUCUACCUAAACCACCAGCUCUUCCAAUACCUGAUCUACCUAAACCACCAGAUCUUCCAACACCUGAUCCACCUAAACCGCCAGAUCUUCCAAUACCUGAUUUACCUAAACUUCCAAUACCUGAUCUACCUAAACCACCUGAUCUUCCAACACCCGAUGCACCCAAACCACCGAAUGCUCCAACACCCGAUGCACCCAAACCACCAGAUGCUCCAACACCCGAUGCACCCAAACCACCGGAUGCACCCAGCCCACCGGAUGCUCCAGCACCGGAUCGACCCAGCCCACCGGAUGCUCCACCACCGGAUGCACCCAGCCCACCAGAUGCUCCACCACCCGAUGGACCCAGCCCACCAGAUGCUUCACCACCCGAUGCACCCACCCCACCGGAUACAGCACCACCCGAUGCACCCACCCCACCGGAUGCUCCACCACCGGAUGCACCUAGCACACCGGAUGCUCCACCACCCGAUGCACCCAACCCACCGGAUGCUCCACCACCCGAUACACCCAACCCACCGAAUGCUCCAGCACCUGAUGCACCUAGCCCACCAGAUGCUCCAACACCCGAUUCACCUAAACCACCAGAUAUUCCAAGACCUGAUCUACCUAAACUUCCAAUACCUGAUCUACCUAAACUUCCAAUACCUGAUCCAACACCCGAUCCACCUAAACCACCAGAUCUUCCGGCACCUGAUCCACCUAAACCACCUGAUCUCCCAAUACCUGAUCUACCUAAACUUCCAAUACCUGAUCUACCUAAACCACCACUUCCAAUACCUGAUCCAACACCCGAUCCACCUAAACCACCAGAUCUUCCGGCACCUGAUCCACCUAAACCACCUGAUCUCCCAAUACCUGAUCUACCUAAACUUCCAAUACCUGAUCUACCUAAACCACCAAAUCUUCCAAUACCUGAUCUACCCAAACCACCAGAUCUUCCUAUACCGGAUCUACCUAAUCCAAUACCUAAACCACCACCAUCCAUUCAUGGGAAGCAACCAAAACCACCACCAAAGACUUCUUCUAUACCACCACCACCUUCCUUUAUUCAUGACGGUGUUAUUCCAUUACUACCUCCCAUACCUCCAUUAAUACCACCUAUUUUGCCACCUUUGCCUCCAUUACUAUCACCCGUGCUUCCGUUACUACCACCUUUGCCUCCAUUACUACCACCCCUUAAAUCACCUUCACCUCCAUCACUACCGCCUCUUGCGUUACCUGAAUUAGUAGUUGACCCAUGA